GUGAAACAAGAGUUAUCUAACCCGAAGCUUGAAAUAUAAACAAACACCGUUAGCGGCUGCUUGUCCAGUAGACUUUAUCCGCGACCUGCUAAUAGUGACAGACAGCUGGCACAGCAGGGCUGUUGCUAAACCAGUAUAUAAUAACAGAUAUUUAUAUAUAUUUGUUGUGUUAUUUUGUGUCUGAGAACAAAGGAAAAUGGCAGCGAGCGACAAGGAGUUUGAUAUUGUGAUUUUUGGAGCGAGUGGUUUCACUGGCAAAUUUGUUAUUGAAGAACUUAGUCGGGUUGCCAAUGAAAACAACAUCAAAUGGGCAAUUGCGGGAAGAAGUAUGGAAAAAUUAGAAGCAGUCCUGUCAGACGUUACAAGUUCCACUGGCCAGGAUUAUUCCGACAUACAGAUCUUAAUUGCGGAUUCCCUGAACCAUGAAUCUCUUUUGGAUAUGUGUACAAAAACCAAGUGCCUUAUUAACUGCUGUGGCCCUUUUGUUUACUAUGGCCCCAAAGUUAUAGAAGCCUGUAUCGAAUGUAAAACACAUCAUGUUGACGUUUCUGGAGAACCUUUGUUUCUGGAAAAAGUACAACUUCAAUAUAACGGUCCUGCUCGAGAAAAUGAUGUAUAUAUUGUGGGUUCCUGUGCUUUCCGCUGCCUACCUAUUGACAUAGGUAUUAUGUAUACUUCACAGCAAUUUAAUGGUGAUCUUAAUAACGUAGAAGCUUAUCUUUCUGUCGAUGGACCAGUGAGAACAGGACUGCCUACAUUUGAAUGCCAAGUAUAUGGGUUUCAGCACAGGAAUGAACUCGGAGCAAUAAGAAAAUCUUUAUUUACAACGAAAAAUUUUGAGUUUCAACACGUGGUAAAGCCUAAAAGUGGUUUGUUUUACGAUAAAGAUAGUUCCAAAUAUUGCAGUGUCUGGCCCGAUGCCUACAGGUCUGUCGUUUAUCGCUCCCAGAGAUUUCUCCAAGAUCAAGAGACGAAACGACCAACUCAGUAUGCCUUUUACUUUUGCAAUGAGUCACUUAUCUUCUUUAUCCUCAUGUUCUUUUCUGGUCUCUGCCUAAGUUUUCUAUCAAGGUUCUCCUUUGGAAGGAAGUUGCUCAUGGCUUUCCCGACUUUUUUCAGUGGCGGUAUUGUUAAAAAAGGCGGACCAACUAAACAAGAAGUAGAAAAAUGUUCAUUUUCUCUUAAAUUUUGUGGCAAUGGUUACCCAAGCCGGGUGAAAGAAUUAACCGAUACCCACAGUGAUUUGCCAAAUAAACCUAUUAUUACGAAGAUUAAUGGACCUGAGCCUGCUUAUGUUACUACCGCCAUUUGUGUCACUCAGGCAGCUAUUGUUAUCCUAAAAGAAAACCAGAGGAUGCCUAACAGUGGAGGGGUUUUCACCCCAGCUUCUGCUUUUGCUAACACCACUCUAGUAGAGAGACUUUGCAAACGGAAUAUAAAGUUUCAAACUGUAUCUGCCGACGAGACGAGUCCCGCUGCUGGAGAUAAUUAAAUAACUUUCUUUUGCAUUUUUUAAUUGCAUUUAUUUCUUCUCUAUACGGCAACUUUAGCAGCCGUGAUAAAAAUUAGGGUUAGUUGGAUGUUUGUGUAUAUGUAUGUAUGUGUGUGUGUGUGUAUGGUGCUUGCUUGCGUAACUUUACAAAAUAACUGGGAACACAAAAUAGAUUUGUUUUGUUUGAAAUGAAUAAACUCUUUCUCCAACUCCCUCUCUCUGUCUCUCUGUCUAUAUAAAAGAAAUGGAACUUGUUUAAUAACAUUAUUAAAUAGUCGUUAACACUCAGGAAGUGUUUAAAAACUUCUUUUAACUUCAGUAUAAAUUCUAUCCGUAUUUUGUGUUUAGGAGUUUUCAGAAGCUAUUCAGUUAAAUUUCUAGUCUAUUUAAAUAUGCAUGUAUCAGCUGCUUUCAUUGUUACACUUUCUGAAUUACCAGUUAUGAAUAGGUGACUAGCGACUGUAAAUCUCUUGCACCAAUAUCAAUCCAUUUUUAUAGCCAUUUAAUCAAUAUGACAACUAGUUAUAACUUUCUCUAUCAACACUAAACUAUUUCAUUUUAAGGUUACUGAACUUAUUUCUUGCCUUUUUUUUUUUUUCUUAAUUUAUUUUUGUCUAGCCAAAUCUUUUAGUAUUGGCUACUUAUAUUUUCGUCUAAAUGAAUGUUUUCAACUUAUUGUGUUAAAUUAUGAAAUUGUUAGCAAAAUCUUGCUGUCUAACCCGUUUACCUGAAUUUUGGUUUCUCAAUGGUUAACCGUACAAGCAUUCUGAUAUUGAUUAAAUAUGUAGCAUGCAACGUAUAUAGGCUGAUUGUUUACGUCUAAUUUUAGCUGCGUACUGAAAUGAAAAGUUUAGUCGAAUACGACUAGGUUAUACUGACAUUACACCCACUUAUUACAAACCACUUUUACUUAGACUAAUAGGGUGGGGUGGAGAUAAGGAAAAAUGAAAGACAGCCGGCCAGGCUUUAUAUUUUCUAUUAAUAACUUGAGAGGAACUUUACGUGGCUGACUUACAAGACAUAGCAGCCAAAUUCCCCUCAACUCUCAUUCCGCUGGAAGGACGCGCAUUCAGAUAACAGUUCCAGAUACCCCUCUCAUAAAAAAAAAUGGGGUGGCGAAAGCUGGAAUACGUAUGAUCACCUGUUUGCACGAUUGAAAUCUUUAUGGUAAACUCCAAAUAUUUCGUAAACCAAUAUUUGAUGGAAAGAAAACGAAGCAAAAGAAGUGGAAAUAGUUUUAAAGUAAAUUUGCUUUUAUGUCUGCCUUAACUUGAAUUUGUGGAAUUAACUAUUUUAAUCUUUGUAUUCCCUGUUCGAAGUUUCGGCAUUAAUGUUCCAUUUAUAUUAUUGUUUCACUUUUUUUGUGAAAGAAUGAAUUAAAUUGUUAACGCCCUCGUUCAUUUUGGAAGUUCGAGAGAUAAAAUCUAGUAAAUAUGCUUCAACAAUCUGUUAUCUUUGGAUCUUUAUUGUCGAAGUUAUUACAAGAAUGUCUGCUCAUCAUAUCUAGUAUACUAAAGUAACAAACUCAAACAAGUCAGAUUUUUGUAUUAUACGAAUAACUCAAAUGUGUUAAGGUCUCUUCGCCUCUUAAAUAUUUUUACAACUGCCUGAAAGACUGUUCACAUGUCUAGAGAAAGUUUCUUUCAAAGAGACAGAUAAUCACCAGAAUUGUGCCUUAGAUUUCGCUUCCUUGUUGAUUGCAAAAAUGAAAAAAAAAUUGUUCCGUUAUUUUUCUCCUUCGUAUAUAUUCACAAUUAGAAUUUUAAUCAUUUUUGUUUCAAUAUAAUAUACUGUCAUACUGUUUCUUUGCAAAUAUAUAAACUGUAAACGCGUUUUAAAUUCUGUUAUUUUAUCCAAAAAUUAAAAUCUGUAUUCAUUACCAAGUUUUUAUACUUUCAGCUGUUUUGUUUCAACUAUUUAUUACAAAACAUUUUUGCAAUUACUUUAAAUGAAAAUAUAUAUAUACUAUGUUAUUUAUUUUGCAAAAUCUAAAAGCUUAUUUCAAUGGUGAUUAUUGUACAAAAAAAAACCCUACUCUACUUAAAAUAAAGGAUUACUUUCUUUUCCUAAUAUGCCAACAUAUAUGGAAGGGUUUUGCUCAGUCUAAGCUUUUUAUAUAAAUGUAUAACAAAAUCUAAUAAAUUAUUGAAAUAUGUUA